GUCAAGAUACAAUCCCCAUCAAGAUACAGUCCCCAUCAAGAUGCAGCCCUCAUCUUGUGCUGCUGUGGGUGUCUGACAGCCUGAUUCCAGGGGCGAUACCCCGGCAGCUAAACCUGUGUGCCCGGGUGUGUGGAUCCACAUGCCAGGUAUUUUACAUCAUGCAGAGCAGAGCCUUUCGAAGAAUUGGCUUGUUCUUCACGACAGGGCAUUUUUGCUCCUUUCCAAGAACAGCGGCGUGGGUUCUUCUGGCUCUCUGCUGCAGCGUGAUGUUGUUGGCAGCUCAGGCUGACAUCGCACUGUAGGAGCCCCUCCUUAUCCUUGGCUUUCUUUGUGCUGCGAAGCUGGUGCUCAGGUGUCCUGAGGACGCAGGAUAAGCAUCAGAAGCUGCAGAUGUUCAUGGGAGGAGAUUGGCGCCACCGUUUGCGAGCAAAUUAUCCGGCGGUGUGACUCCACAGCAGGUGAAGCUCAUCUUAGCCUCGGCUGCCUUGGCCUGCCCAGCCUCCCAGCAUCUCCUGCCCCCUGGGGGGUGUUUCCAUCCCCUCCUUCCUCCAGCACCUGUGGCUGGGUGAGAAGAGCACGGCUGUGUCCUGCCAGGCCUGGCCACGUUCCCGAUUUCAAGGGAGAGGGCAGGAGGAGGUGCUCACGCCGUCGGAGGGAGAAGGGGGCCUGAGAAGGGGACACCAUGACCAGCUCAGCAGGACACCGCGGGAUGGAGGUGUGGGGCCCAGCAGCCUGCUGUGUGCAUUCCCAUCCCCAGUUUCUGUUCCACCAGCAGCUGCAGCGACCGGUUUGGUAAUGAAAUAACCCCAGAGCUGGACACUGCUAGUUAAGGAGGAGGAAGGGUGACUGGUGAUGGCUCUCAGGAAUUUGCAAUAAAGCCUUCAUGACAUUACCCUGCCCUCCUCACGUUCCCCUUUGCCAGAUUAAUGCAAAUUUGUGUUGAUGCAACGCUGUGAGUCAGGGGCAGGUUUCUUAGAGCACAGAUAAGUUGACUCCAGAUACGCAUCUGUGUCGGAGAGCUGCAGCCAAGGCUCCGCACGGCUCUGGAAAGGUUCAAGAGGGGACGGGGGCAGCCCUCCGGGCAGGGGGCUCUUUGGGGAGGUCUCUGCUGCUCCUUGGAGCUGCAGCAAACCCACUCAUGCAAUAAAAGGCUUUAUCCUUGCAUCUCCAGUCACCCAUCUGUGUAUCACCAAGUACAGCGUGGGUUUUUGUUUGUUUGUUUUUAGUCUUGAAGGCUCUUUCUAGUUAUUCUCUGUGAGAUAAAAGGACCUUUAAGCAUGUAGGCUAAUGCUGGCACAAAAGGUAGGCAUUCCAGGCACAUUUUGUACUUUGAAUGAAGCCAUACGCGUGAUUAUGAACCGUGGAAGGUAUUCACCAGUUCCUGCUCCCCCCCGGGGUAGAAGCUGGGAGAAGCAGCAGGAGUGGCUGCGCAGAAAGCACGGAGGAGAGCGCGCCUGGGGCUUUGCACCGCCGUGCUUACAGCAUCACGUCACGGCUGGAUUCUGCUGAGCCGAACAUUUCAUUCCUGUGAGCAGGCCUCUGCUCCUGCGCCUGCCACCGACCCCUUCCACGGCUUCUGGCUUCGGGGGAAAAGCUUUGAUGGUCGUGGAGCUGUGAGAGGCAAAGCAAAGAGCCAGGGCUCCGCUCCCUGCGUUGUUUCGGAGGGUGAGCGAAAUGGAGCAGAACGCUGGCCUGCCAAAAUGCGGGCGCUGUGGGGAGCCAGCCGGCGCUGCUCCAGGGUUGUGUUUGGGAAAACCCUAAAAAUGCCUCCUCCCACCCCCAGUGCUCUGCUGCAACACCCAGCUGAGGAGGUCUGGGGGAAAAUAGUUCCUGGGAUGGGGCAUCGGAACCGCUGCCGGAGGCACUGGUUUACCACUUCUGAAACUUCCAUGUGAACCAGGCAGGUUUUGAAUAAAAAAAGCCUGAUUUUGUUGGAAAGCAUGGAAAUAAAAAGGCUGUGGGAGAAGGUCGGCAUUUCCUAACAGAUCAGCCCAGGCUGUUUGCUAAGGGAAGAGAGAAGGUGCGGCAAGGAUGCCCGAACCUUGCUUGUGGCAUAUUCUUCCCCAAUGAAGCUGAUUCAUAUUUGGAGAUGAUUUGACUGCAGGCAGAUAGUUUGGAACAUAAUGUAUUAUGCAGAUCUCUACCUAAUUUACUUGUCAAAUUAGAUCAUUAAAAUGCUUCGAGCACUCACGGCUUGGUUUAAUUCUGCAGUGUUUUUAAGGCAAACUUGUCGCCUUUCCUCACCCAAAUCCCGGCCCCGUCUUCUGCCAUCCUGCUGCUCCCAGAGCAGGCCUGGAGGAGGGACCCCGACACGGCGAGGGCUGGGGGCUUUCUGAAAGGAGUUUCAAGCCGAGGCUGCAGGAGGUGGUGGCUUCACCCGAGGCUUUCCUGUGACAUGGUAAUUGAGCUGCAUUUUUGUGGCUCCGUGACUCUGACACCACAGCUCUGCACAGACAUCAAAUUGCACCUUGUAGGAACCAGGGCAGCUGCCUUGGAAGGUCCCACAAGGAGCAGAGGUCGAGUUUUUGAGAUUUGUAACGAGGGAAAACACUAAUUGUAAACAUUUUGGGCUGAUUCUCCUAAAAAGUGUGUUCCAGCCUGGCGUGUUCCUACCUCCCCGCAGAUCUUCAGCGUUGACUCCGUCCAAAUUGUCAGAUGAACGCUGCCUGGAGCGUGGUGCCGAGCCAGGCGAUGGGUGUCCUUGUUGCAUAAGGCAGAGCUUUGGCCAGAGGAGAUUUCAGCAAGAGUGGAGAGGGGCGGGGUGUGGAGGCCACACUCUGUAAUUGAGGAUCAAAGGUAAUUGUCUCUGCUGCUCCAUGUGUGGGGCAGCCGCUCAGCUGCAGGAGGCAGGAGCGUCGGGAGGCAGCUCACAUCCAAACGUUUUGGCAGCAGGGAGAGGUGAAGGGGUUUCUAUUCUACUAACUCUCCUUUAUUGCCAUAGAGAAGACUUCCAGCAGCUGCUCAGAGGCGAAGAUGGAUUUUAAGAGCAUGAAGUACUAUCUGUACUGGCUGUACUGCCAGUUCGAGCUCAUCACCUGCAGCUACCUCAUGGAGCCCUGGGAAAAAAUUCUCUUCUACACUUUUAACAUCACCAUGCUGGUGAUGAUCUCGUACACUGCUUACCUCUUUAUCCCCGUCCACAUUAGCACGGCUUUCCAAUUCUUCUUGCACUUGCUUGGAAACCAACAUGAGAACGCUGUUUCUAUUGUGAAGUAACACUGGCAACCUGACGCUGGCUUCUGGAUCCAAGAAGUGGUUUUUUUUUUUUUUUUUUUUUUUUUUUUUUUUUUUUUUAACACUCCAUUUCUGUUUAGAAAGACAGGUUCAGGGCAUGUGCAAACACUGUUUUACUCCGCAGUACCUCUUAGUUUUCUUCUGUGUUCUGGGACUCUGUGACAGCAAAUUAUUUUGCCAAAACUAUUUCAAACAGUCCUUGUUUUUAUCAUUUGACUGACUGCUUUUUAAAGAGCUUUCAGUUUUAAAGACUGGCUGGAGUUAUGGAGCUGGGUUUGGUACAGAAACGACUGUGCUGCAUAUAUUGUUAUUCCAGGGAGAGCUGCUUGGAUAUGGAGUUUUCACCUUCAGAAAUGACACGGCAUGUGUUUGGUCUGGUCCGCCACAGCUUUGCUGACGGGAAAGAUGUAUACAUGAAAGAUUUUGUAUGACAUUUUACAACCAUAAGCUGCUUCCAUGUAACUAGUCUUGGUACGUAUAUAUACAUGUGAUGAUCUUA